AUGUAUGAAGAGUUGAUGAGAAGUUUAGUUGAUCAUGACAUGGCAAUAGAUUAUGGGUACAAGACUGUAGUGAUGGGAUUGAGUAUGAUCGUGUUAGUAGGGUAUUCGAUAAGAUAUUUAUUCCUCAAGACUAGCAAUGAAUUGAAAACGUUCUUCCUCUCCAUAAUGUCACUAAACACCUGGAACAUAUUGAAUUGCUUAGUUAUUGAUGAUGUAAUAUUAAAUGUGAAAGGGUUAACAUCUUAUUAUGACCAAACCAAGGAUUUAAAUAUGGACCCGAAACAAAUUUUUAAUACCAAUAAUCAUUUUUUGAACAGUCGACUUGCUGGUAAAAGUAUGAAGAUAUUGUUUGUGGCAAUAACGAGUUUCAUAUUGUUUCAUAUCUUUGUUAGUAAUUCAAGACAAUUGAAACAUUUGAUAUGUACAUCCAGUGUCCCAACAAAAGACAACGAGAAGCAGAUACAGACGGAAGUCGAAAAUGAUGAUCAACAUUCGAAGGGUGUACUUUUGAAAUAUGUAGGAUUGUUCUUCAGUUUAGUUUUUAUUGGGGCUUUGAUAGUACCAAAUAGAUUCUUAUUGAGUAGCCUGGGUAAAAUCAUUGACAAUGAAUUUAUAACCAUCAAGUUUGAUCAUUUGUUCUUUGCUUUCAAUACCAUAUUCAUAUUCCAAAAUAUUUCCACAAUUACUAAAUGUUUCAAUGCCCAGCAAAACUGUAGAAUAUUAUUUGUUGUCGUAUAUCUCACUUGGAUUUACAAUUUUUCAAUCAUAACCUUGACUAAUAUGUUAAUGAUGAUAUUUAAUGAUUUAUUGGUAAAUUCAUUGACAUUAAUUUCGAAUUUGAUCAAUGGGAAUGGUUUGUAUCAAGAUGAAGAGAACAUCAAUUUUGUAACAUCAAUUUUAUUAUCAUACUUGAACCAUUCAGUGACAUUUAAUUGUCAAUUAUGUUCAAAUGAAGAUCUCACCAGUUUGAUGGCUUUCAAUUUAAUCAAAUUCAAAGAACUCUUCAUGAAUUGUUUAAUCGUUCUUAACUUUUCAUCAUUGAUUGUGAUGCCUUUAAUUAUUUGGAUUAUUUUGAUCGAAUUAAGAUACGUUAAAGUAAAUAGUAAAUAG